AUGCAGGACCUUUCGGCAUCGAGUAUUCCUACGGGACCAGCCCAAGGAUCCGCCAACCGAUUCGGCCAUGCUUCCAAGCCGUCCAACAGCGAUACGGGCUUCUCCCACGGCGCCUUCACGUCCAACAUUUCCGGAUUCGCUGACAGGCACCCUCGACGCGGAAACAUUCCUUCCAUCAAUACCCAGCCGGUUCAGCACCAACAGGCCCUGCCCACCAACGGUCACCGCGACAUGAACACCCCGGGAACCGGUUACGAUAUGAACUUCACCCCACUGCUUCCGUCUCAGCUCCUCCUGGGCAGUCCCUUCCAGCCUGGAACUCCCGGUUCUUUUGCCAGCCCUCAAUUCCAGAACCUGCAGAGCUUCCAGCAGGCUCAGCAUAAUAGCCAACACCAGCAGAGCGGCAUGGGAAGUCCUAUCCAGAACAUGUCGCCUCAGGCCUACCAGACCAUUGUUUCUCCCUCGACGUACGGUGCCCCGCAGUUCUUCGCGCCCCAGUCUCCCAACGGUAUAUACAACAACAUGGGUGCCCAGAUGCAGAUGCAGCCUACGUCGCCUACUAUGAGCCCUGGUAUGAUGACGGGAACCAGCAGAACUGUCUACCUUGGCAACAUCCCUCCCGACACGCCCGCGGAAGAGAUCCUUGGACAUGUUCGCAGCGGCCAGAUUGAGUCCGUUCGUCUUCUUCCCGACAAGAACUGCGCAUUCAUCUCGUUCCUCGAUGCAAACGCCGCCACUCAUUUCCACUCUGAUGCCAUUUUGAAAAAACUCUGCAUCAAGGGACAGGAUAUCAAGAUCGGCUGGGGCAAACCUUCUCAAGUCCCCACUUCGGUCGCGCUUGCCGUUCAGCAAUCUGGAGCGUCCCGAAAUGUCUAUCUUGGGAACCUUCCCGAGGAGAUCACCGAGGAUGAGCUUCGUGAAGAUCUCGGCAAGUUUGGUGCCAUUGACACCAUCAAGGUUGUUCGAGAGAAGAACAUCGCCUUCAUUCACUUCUUAUCCGUGGCGAACGCCAUGAAGGCGGUUCAACAGCUUCCUCAGGAGCCCAAGUGGCAGUCGCCUCGCCGUGUUUACUACGGCAAGGACCGUUGCGCUUAUGUCUCCAAGACGCAGCAGCAGAACGCGGCCCAGUAUCUGGGUAUUGCCCCUGGCUAUGCUCAUAUGCUCACUGGCGCGGACCGCGAUGUUAUAUCCAGUGCCCUCGCUCAGCAAUCCGUGGCGGCCGCUGCGGUUGCCACCACGGCUGGCGGCAUCAACAAUCUCGGCAACCGCACCAUCUACCUGGGCAACAUCCAUCCCGAGACAACCAUCGAGGAAAUCUGCAAUGUCGUGCGCGGUGGACUGCUUCAUCACAUCCGCUACAUCCCAGACAAGCACAUCUGCUUCGUCACUUUCAUCGAUCCCACCGCGGCUGCGUCCUUCUACGCUUUAAGCAACCUGCAGGGUCUGAUGAUACACAACCGCCGCCUGAAGAUUGGCUGGGGCAAGCACUCCGGAGCCCUUCCGCCGGCGAUUGCUCUGGCUGUUAGUGGUGGCGCUUCCCGCAAUGUGUAUAUUGGCAACCUGGACGACACCUGGACGGAGGAGAGGUUGAGACAGGACUUCUCCGAGUACGGUGAGAUUGAGCUCGUGAACGCUCUGCGCGAGAAGAGCUGCGCGUUUGUCAACUUCACCAACAUUGCCAACGCCAUCAAGGCCAUCGAGGCCGUGCGAAGCAAGGAGGAGUACCGCAAGUUCAAGGUCAACUUCGGCAAGGACCGCUGUGGAAACCAGCCCCGACAGCUCCAAGGCCAGGCUCAGUCGCCACGCGAAGCAGUCUCCCCCCCUCAUACAGGCAGCCAGAAUGGCAAUUCCCCCACCGGUGCCACGUCGCCCCAAUCUGCCAGCAGCCCUAAUACCAUGUUCGCCAAUGGAAACAAUCCGUUGACUGUGUACUUGAGCCAGGUAUCUCAGCAGGCUCAGCAGCAGCAGCAGCAACAGCAAAACAUACUGGCUUCGCAACAAGCUGCGCUGUUUGGCACUGCCGCAUCCUCGCCCAAUGAGCUGUCGCUCGAGGUCCCCCAACAAGGCCAAAUGGCUAGCCAUGGUCAGUCUGCGAGCAUCUCCAAUGGAUAUGCUGCUGGCAACGGGCCUCAGUCUGCUACUACGAUCGGCGGGUUGCUUGCUCCGGGACGUGGACAGCACAACCGUGCGGUGAGCUUGCCCGCAUUUGCCCCUGGCUUCGAGAACGGUGGCAACAGUCCUAUCAGCGCUAUCGGCACCGAGGCUGGCGAACAGAGGCGGGGACACCAAUACCAAGCUAGCUACGGCGGCAUGGGUUCUGGCUUUGGCCUUGCCAUCCAGGGUGGUUUGAACGGAUGGGUCGAAGAAGAGGUUGCCAAUUGA